UCGGUAGCUAACUGUAAAUCCAUAAUUAAUAAUGAUUAAAACGAAAAAAAUAAUAUAUUUACGGGACAGAUUAACAUUAUCGUAAUGAUAAACUGGUAUACACAUUCAAUAAUUCCGGUUCAUUGCAUUUGUUCCGUACCUUCAACCCUGCAAUAAUAAAAGCUCCUCUUUUACUCCUUUUUUUCUUCCCGAAACAUCUCCCAAAUCAUCAGAAGGAAAAAUCCUUUUCAUACUUGUCUUCCGCCCAUGGCGCACGUUAGAUUCUCUUAGCCUCUCUAUAAAAAUAGAAAGUCCCCUGUUCUCUCUCUUUUAGGCUUUCUUUGUUUCUUCUUGCAGGAACCCUAAAUUUCCGGUUUUCAUUUUGUUUUAUUUUAUUUUAUUUUUUACUUAUGAUCGUGAAAAUGCUGGUCUAAUAGUUGAUGAUGAAUUUCUUUUUCUCGAGAGGAAUUGAAGUUCGGAAUUCAGGCACAACACUGAUGAACUGAGCGGCUUUUGUGACAAAAGAUUUAGCAAGGCUUUUUUCUUGCAUUUGGAAGCUGAAGCAAUUUUUGUUUAUAAAUUUCUCUGCAAGCUUUAAAAGUCUUUCUAGAAUCGAGUAAUCAGAAGUACAUACAUUGUGAGCAUAAAUGGGUGCUUUUUGCUGCUGUCCAUGUGGUGAUGACUAUGAAGAAUAUGCUUAUCCUAGCAAUUCAAUAUAUAGGCACUGCAUCUGCCUAAGAUUCUUCUUCUACCAGCUAUUCACUGGGUAUGGUGCACUGUUUCAUAGAUUGGAAGGGCGCCCUGUAUCAUCCCAGAUCCAAGGAGCUUCUCUGUCAUCAAUGGAAAUUGUUACUACAACACCAAAUAUUUCAGCCAAUGAAACUCAUGUUACAAUGUCCAGACCGGUCCCUUAUGAUACUGAACAAAGGUACUCUCGCUUGCAGCGUGACGGCUUGGUCUCUAGGCGUGAUAAGUCUGUAACUCAUUUUCAAGAAGAAACACAACCGCUAAGAAGAAGUAUCAGCAGUUCUGGUGUGGAAUCAUUGGGUAUUGGGAGGAAACGGUAUGGAGUCGAGUCAGAAGAAGACUCUAAGAUUGUCAAUCCUGAGUCAUCGGAGAGGACUUUGGCACUAAAAGUGGCAUACGGAUCUAACUAUUUGCAGUCUUCAUCUGAAGAUGAAGAUGUCUGUCCCACUUGUCUUGAUGAAAAUCCUAAAAUCACUGCUCGCUGUUCGCACCAUUUUCAUCUUGGUUGUAUUUAUGAAUGGUUGGAAAGGAGUGAAAGUUGUCCAAUAUGUGGCAAGGAGAUGGAGUUCUGUGAAAGCCCUUAAAUCUGUUACAUCUUAUUUCAAUGCAAUGGAGCAGAUACAUAUGGAGCAGCAGGUAGUAUCAGUAAAUAUAAUCUCUCUAAUCUUUUAUUAGAGAGGCAUAACAUGUAUAGAAGCGUUGGUUCUUUGUCUGUAACUAGUUGUACCACCUGGCAAUUUCUUUGGUACUCAUGCUUAACAUGCUUAUGAUGUUGCUAUCUAUGUAAAAAAACUAAAAAUUUGUGUCAAGUUAUAUUAACUGCUUGUUAACAUAAUUGCAAUAGAAUCAACUUGAUGAUAUGUAACAAUCAGUAUCAGCUGUAAUUUGUUACCUAUGCUAAAUAUGCUGAUGGUACAAAAGUAUGAGGAUCACAUCUGGGUUAAAAUAAAAGAACUUAAACCUUUCAGGUUCUUCUGAUGGAAAUCAUUAUGUUCAACUUUCACAUCAUGUUGUUUGUGAAUCUCGAGCCAACAAACUAUGGUUGAUUUUUGUAAGUCCCGGUCAUGCAUUUAGGCCAAAUCUUGUUUGCCGGAUAGCAUGUAAGAUGUAACUAUUUUUUGUCUUUUUUUUUUUUAAUUUUUAAAGGCAAGAUACUUUUAUUAAUAGGAU